AUGAAGAUUUCUAGUCCCACUAUUUAUUUAACCGUCCUGGAGGAAGUACCAAUGCCAGAAGAAGAGAAGAAGUCCGCUAUUGGAGAACCAAAAACAGAUAUGGAUAGCCUAACAAAGGAAGAACAAGGAGAAGUAGCAAAACUCUUUGAAAUGAAGAAAAAAUUAUUUGUAGGAAGUUUGAAGGAGCUUAUCCAGACCAACAAUAACAAGGAAGGAACGAAAAAUAAUAACCUUGUGGAGAUAAGAGAAUUAAGAACUGAUUCUCAAAACUAUGAAGACAAAGUGAUGAGGGUACUGACCACUGACACCACAAUUGUAAGCUGUGAUGGUUCGGGAGGAUUGUGUAGAAGAGAAAAUCAAGAAUUAGUAAUUAGUGAUAAGAGGUACUGUGAUGCAAACGAACUUACCGAUGGGAGACCUGAUGCGAAUGGAGGUGGAUUGGGAUGUCACGAGAAUAGAGGGACGAUAACCGAUGACCCUCCUGAUAAGGGUAAAAUGGAGAAUGAAAUGAAAAGAGGGACGGUAGUAAUUAAUGUAAGGAAAUUCAGGAUACUCAGGUACGAAAAAUGGUGGUGA